GCAUUGCCACAAAUGGCAAGAUCUCAUUCUUUUUCGUGGUUGAAUCAUAUCCCAUUGUACAUCUAUGCCACGUCUCCUUUCUCCAUUCCUCCGUUGAUGGACAGCCCUGAUAUUCUAGGAAGAGCCCCUCACCUGUGGGCAAAGUCACCUUAAGCUGACUCAGGGACCAAAGUAAGCGCCGCUCGUGGUAUAAGGCUUAAAGUUCCCCACCAAGUUACAGCAAAAAGUCAAUUGCUGGACCCUAAAAGCUAAUGGUGGCAUAAAACAAUUCACUUGAAAUCUCCAAAUCAACACCAUGGCCUGCACUUAGGAUGCAGGGGGACAGGGCAAUAAAGAUGCUGUCCUUCCACUCAGGUUCCGAACCCAUUUGAAAACAUAGAACAAAGGGGUGGGCACAGAGGGGCUGCACCCUCGCCUCGACUCCCGGUAAAGCUGACUUUGGAGACUGUGCCUUCUGUCGGAGGACAGGUGUCAUCCGCAUCCCAGACUCAGGAUCACAAGCUUUCCCAGGCAGCAAGGUGAGCAGGGCAGCCUUCCCCUCACAGGAGCGGAGCUGGCACGUGUCACAUUCACGACAUCAAGAAGUACAGCACAACGUGAGUGACUUGCGGGCAGUCCUCAGCCGAAAGAGCCAGAACAGGGCUCGAUUACACCUGCCCAGUCUUCCCUUCUACAGUUGCCGAUCAAAUUCCUGAUUUCCGCCCCAAAGAGAAGUCCGUGUGGGGAGUCAGAGAGACCAGAAGCUCCUGGAACCCGCACCCAGAUGGACAAAAAUCAUGAGGAGCUCCUAAGAAAUUCCCCGCACACAGCCCUGCCCUCUGCCUCAGCUGCUCCCUCCUGACAUCAUAAUGGGGGAGCAGACAUUUGCUGCCAAGGCGGAAGUCGGACUUAAUCCCGAUGGCUUCGUGCACCUUUUAACAGUUGACAGCCACAUCACAGCCUGACCUGCUUUUACAGAGUCCGCAUCUGUGAAGAGCCCUCUGUGGGCCCUGCAACGUGGCAGGUCGUAGGAGAUGACAAAGAAGCAAAUGGCCAGAGUCCACCCCCAUCCUCUAUAGAUGGCGGGUGGGUGGGGACAGUAUUUAGGUUAGGGAAAUUUCUGGACUACGGGUGACUCAGAGUCACGAGAGGAAAUCAGAGGCAAACAUUUAUGAGCUAAAGUUCGUUGUGAGCUGUAUUGGCCUUAAAAGAGCCUUUAGCGGGAUUCUGGUUUUCUAGAGCUCUGCGUUCUGAAGAAGUGUGUUUCCUUCCUCCGUGUGUCCUUUUUCAUGAAGUGGGGAGGGUAGGUCAUAAGAACUAAUUUGGAGGAAAAUGACCUCAUGGACUCGCAAUUAGGCUGUUUCCCUUUGCAUCCUGGUGGAAGAACUCCAUGGGCUCCGGCAGGCCUGGUUGAGGAAGUAUAAGUGUAUGAAUUAGGAAGGGUGGGGUUGACCUACACAGGCAGGACAUUACUCUUCUUCCUCUUCCUGACCACGUUUCCCACAGCAGUCAUGGCCAUUGCUCAACUUCCUGUUGGGGAAAACCUUGGCCGCUGAGCGUCCACCUGCUCCAGCGGACAAACUAAGGACAGCCAAGUGUUGGCUGCUGCUGGGAAACCUGAGUUUUGAGCUUUUGCCUACAGACGCCUUUUCCGUAGUAUCUGAAGCAAAGACAGAAGCCUUUCUGCAUGGGGCGGAAGGGACUGGAAGCUGCAGCCCUGACAGCUCGUCACUGCUUGGAGUAAAAUAUGACGGGUGCAUGAAAUGGGGGAAUUGGAGGGGCUGGGGGUGUGGAGAAAAUUAGGGGUCAUCCUAAGGUAGCCCCUGCAGCAAGAGAAGCGUUGGUCAUGGUGACAAGCAAGAGGUGGGCUGGAGGACAGGGGCAUGCGGCCACCCGGCCGUGGGGAACACUGCUGGGCCCUGACCACAGGGCCCUGACCACAGGAUGCCUUUCAUCCAACAAACUGUGUUCCAGCUGCAAAACUGUGCUGAUAAGAAAGGUCGUGACCCUUGGCUUCCAGAAGCCCACAGUCUGGUCAGUUGAUUUCAUGACCUCCUCAGCUGGUUCCAGGGUGGUAAGGGAAGAAAGUGGGGGGGAUGAGGGGGUGCUGAAGGAAACACAGCUCCCACACUGUUCUUAGACCAAGUGGGGCAAGCCCUGGGAAUCUGCAUUUUAUGCAGAGCUCUUGACGCACAGUGAGGUUUGCAGGGAGCUGGCUGCGUGGACAGAGUAAGUGGAGUGUGGCAGGUGCUGGGCUCGUGGGCCCUGGGAACCAUGAGAGCCUAACAAGGCAGACCGACGGGAAAAGUUCCGGUGUGGGGCUCAGCGAAUUUUAUUGGAAUGAACAGUUGGUUCCGUUUACCUCCUUUUUUGCCUUGCUGUCACCCUGGUGGCUGAUAACAGCAGCUGUACAAAGGAAGUUCUCAGGAUUUGGGCUUCUCACUGGCUUCAGGCUCUGGCCACCCUUCCCAUGGCUCUCAUCUUGCUUGGACUUCUGGUCUGCCCAAUGGAGACUGAUGUCUGUGGUUUAUGGGGAUCUCAGACACGGGGCAGCAGUGACGAUCAAGGAGAGCUCUGCUGAGAGAGUUUUAGUUCUCUGGCGUCUUCACAGUAAAUCUUUUGCUUUUUCUGCAUCGUUGUGUUCUCUCCGCCACCCCAGCCCAAGGACGGGGCGAAGGUGGCCUCUGCUUGUCUUGGGAGAGCCUCUCCUGGAAGUCCCACUAGGCCUCAUCCCCAGCCCACUCGGUCUCCUGCAGCCCGACACAGAGUUCUGAAACAAAAUGAUCCAAGGUAACCAGAGGCACGUGCUGUGUUCUCACCUCCUGGUCCUGUCCCCUGAUGAGUGACCCCGGACCAUCCCGAAGUUUCCUGCUUCAUCCCUCACCUCCAAGCCAGAAUCAGACCCCAGGCCUGAGCACCUGGUUCCGCUUCUCUCCAUCCUGGACACCACUCCACGCCCACAGGCAGUAUCCUCAGCAAAGGCAUUUUCAGCCCGUCCUUGUGACACUGGAGGUCAUGGGAACUGAGAGACCAUUGAAAGCCUCUUUGGCCUUUUCCCUAAAGGGCAGAUCGUGUCACACCCUGAGCAGCUCUCUGCUGACCCUGUCAGAGCCCAGCUCAGCCCCCUAUGGCAGAAGGCCUGCUCCAAGGCAAAGGGAGUCCCCCAUCUGGGCUGUACCACGAAGAGAAACAGGACCCAUACCGCUCAUCAAAUGCUGCCCGCCCCCCAUGAUCCCACACAGUGCUCCGGCCUCAUGGCUGAACCCCACCUUGAGGCUGGGAUAAGGAGGGACGAGUGCCCACAGCCUCCUACUCUCAUACCAUUUCAAGUCCCCCUCCCCCAUCUGCCGUGAUACUAAAAUUUGUCUAAAUUUGGGAAAUGUCAAAAUAAUGAGCAAAUGAGGGAAAUUUCAACUAAAAGACUAUGUAAAGGGUGUGUCCUCAAAACCCUGCUGCUUUUUAGUAAACUGUAGGCAAUUUUUCUAUUGUGAAAAAUAUAGAGAAAUUGGCGGAAUUUGCCUCUUGCCAAAAAAAACAGUCUACAGCUUGUUAAAUAAGGUGAAAGUGGCAAGGGAGGGAAAAGUGGGGUCCUGUUGGAUAUGGAUCGUUGGCAUAAGCCACAGAAGUCAUAAGACAAUGAAUAACAUCAAAGCAUCUGAGACUAGCUGCAAUUAAUUCAAUUUUAGUACCACUAAGGGUGAAUGAACAGAGCAUCCAGAGACAUUCAAGGGAUUCUAGAACUUUCUACCACUUGCUCCUCCUACAACUUUAAUGCAAUCAUUGGUCUCCAACCAAUGUGCACCUGACAUCUUGACCAGGAGGGGGCAUGAGUGAGCAGCGGACUAAAUGAGUGGAGCUCAGGUCCCACCUCCUCCUGGGUAGGAGGCAGCUCUGGCCAGCUCACCGGGAGAGAGAAUAGAACUAGGCCACUGGAAUCCAUUCAUUUUUAAAAAGCCUUUGAGAGUUUACAUGAUUUUGAGUUCUUAUUAAAUUGCCUUAAUCAACUUGCCUCAACCACAAAAGCUGAUCGAGUUCUGUGACUUGAACACUCAGGACACUAAAAGUGCCCUUCAUAGAUAAUGAAUUCUCUUGAUCUAGAAGAAUGGUUCUCUUCCGGAAAAGCAAUUGCCCCAAAGCUGUUGCAGUUCAGAAGAGAAACGGGAUGGGAAACGAGAAGCAAGAUGCACCGGUCCGUGCCUCCCACCUCCCCUCCACACACCCAUCAUCAUUUUUAAAUUGUAAAAAUGAGGCUUGUUUAAGUGAAAAGGGAAGAUUUAAAAACAUGUUCCCUCCCGGAAAGAAGACGGGACCAUCCCCUCCUCUCGAUUGGCUCUGUUUGUCCGCCUCCUCUUCAUUUGGGCACUGUCGGCUUUUCUCAUCCCAUCUCCCAAGCUCUCCAAGGGCCUCCUGAGGGAAGGCAGACAAGCCGGGGAGAAGGUGGGUGGAGGACACAGGCAGCCGAACUGCCCGGACCUGUCUGCCUUGGGCGUAGUACCUUGUCCUGCCCCAGCUGGACAUGGUUCUCCUGACGGCGGCAGCCUGACAGGACUGUCCACCCCUCCCCGUCGCCCAGCAGGGCCACGGCUGCCGGGGGAGCAUGCUGUCCACAACCAUGGUGGGGACCCUCCUCCGCGGGUGGAGGAAUCGAAGCACCCCUCGAAGACCUGAAUCCAAACUCCUUACUCCACGGAGCCAAGAUGGACCUCGGACCCAGGAUGUGCACCUGUUGUGUCCUGAAGUGCCAUCAGCUGUAACAGGAACUCCCGACCGCAAGACCUCCUCCAGGCGUCCCGGCGCCCAGGAACCCAAGGCCAUGGAGCUGUCCGACAGCGACCGACCGGUCAGCUUCGGCUCCACGUCGUCCUCCGCCUCUUCCCGGGACAGCCACGGUUCCUUCGGCAGCAGAAUGACCUUAGUCUCCAACAGCCACUUGGGCUUGUUUCACCAAGAUAAGGAAGCCGGGGCCAUAAACCUGGAGCUGGUUCCAGCCCGGCCGUUUUCUAGCAGCGAGCUGCCACGGGACCUCCCCGCGGGGCCCCGGAGCACGGACGAGGGCACAGCAACUCCACCCCGGGCCCCGCGGAGGAUGGAAGCCCACGGGGCAAGCAGGACAGGUGGCCCGUCGUCGGCCACGAGCCCCAAGCUCCUCUAUGUGGAUAGAGUCGUUCAGGAGAUUCUAGAGACCGAAAGGACUUACGUGCAGGACUUGAAAAGCAUCGUAGAGGAUUACCUAGACUGCAUCAGGGACCAAACAAAACUUCCCCUGGGGACAGAAGAAAGAUCGGCCCUCUUUGGAAACAUACAGGAUAUCUACCACUUCAAUAGUGAACUUCUACAAGAUUUGGAAAACUGUGAAAAUGAUCCUGUGGCCAUAGCAGAAUGUUUUGUGUCCAAGAGUGAAGAGUUCCACAUCUACACGCAGUACUGCACCAACUACCCAAGGUCAGUGGCCGUGCUGACGGAGUGCAUGCGGAACAAGAUGGUGGCCAAGUUCUUCCGGGAACGUCAGGAAACUCUGAAGCACUCGCUGCCUCUGGGGUCCUAUCUCUUGAAGCCGGUUCAGCGGAUUCUCAAAUAUCAUCUCCUCUUGCACGAAAUAGAAAAUCACCUUGACAAGGACACCGAAGGCUACGACGUGGUGCUCGAUGCUAUCGACACGAUGCAGCGAGUGGCCUGGCACAUCAAUGACAUGAAGAGGAAGCAUGAGCACGCGGUCCGGCUGCAGGAGAUACAGAGUCUGCUCACUAACUGGAAGGGGCCAGACCUGACCAGCUAUGGGGAGCUGGUGCUGGAAGGCACCUUUCGCAUCCAGCGUGCCAAGAAUGAGCGGACGCUCUUCCUCUUUGACAAGCUGCUGCUCAUCACAAAGAAAAGAGACGACACGUUCACGUACAAAGCCCACAUCCUGUGUGGCAACCUCAUGCUUGUGGAAGUGAUUCCAAAGGAGCCGCUCAGUUUCAGCGUCUUCCACUAUAAGAACCCGAAGCUGCAGCACACAGUUCAGGCGAAGUCCCAGCAGGACAAGCGCCUGUGGGUUCUGCACCUGAAGAGGCUGAUCCUGGAGAACCACGCAGCCAAGAUUCCGGCAAAGGCCAAGCAAGCAAUACUUGAAAUGGAUGCCAUUCAUUAUCCUGGGUUCUGUUACAGUCCUGACGGGGAGACGAAAGCAUUGUGUGGUUCUAAAAAUGGUUCUGCUCCAUAUCGGCUGAGGAGAAAGUCAGAACCUUCCUCAAGGUCACAUAAAGUUUUGAAGACCAGUGAAACAGCACAAGACAUCCAAAAGGUUUCCAGAGAGGAAGGGUCUCCCCAGCGGACCUCCACGGGGCCAUCUCCUGCCCAGAGGAACAGCCAACCGAGCACUUCUGCCAUUAUCAGCGUGCUUCGCGGGGGAGGAGCCAUCAGGAACAUCUGGACGGACCACCAGAUCAGACAAGCCCUGUUCCCGAGUCGUCGGUCCCCUCAGGAGAACGAGGAUGACGAAGAUGAUUACCAGAUGUUCGUGCCAUCCUUCUCCUCCUCAGACCUGAACCCCGCCAGGCUGUGUGAAGACAGCACUUCCAGUCGCCCCUGCAGUUGGCACAUGGGACAGAUUGAGCCCGCAGAGCCCACCAGCUCUGGCCACCGGGUGGUCAGGCGGGCCAGCAGCGCUGGCGAGAGCAACACAUGCGCUCCUGAAAUAAGAAUUAGGGACAGCGGCGGCUCUCAGUACAGCCCCCGACGGGAGCAGCAGGGUGACCCUAAAACAGAAGGACAGGACGGAAUGACUCCCUUUGGGUCAUCUAUAGAGCUGACCCUCGAUGAUAUAGACCACGUCUAUGACAACAUAAGUUACGAGGACUUAAAACUAAUGGUUGCUAAACGGGAAGAAGCUGAGGCCAUGCCCCCGACAACAGCCAGGGACCCCGUUCGCCCCAAGAGCACGCCAGAGCUCGCCUUCUCGAAGGCACAGCCGGGCUCCGAGAAGAGCUCUCGGCAUGCGGAGAGGGACGGAGCUUUAACAGGUCACCGGGCCCCGAACCAAAGCACACAUGAACUCCAGAUGGUCGAGGAGAACAUCUACGACACCAUAGGACUCCCAGAUCCGCCCUCCCUGGACUUCAAAUGCAGCAGCCUGACGCGCCCCAAGAGGAGCACCUUCCUAGGUCUGGAAGCCGACUUCGCGUGCUGUGACAGUCUGAGGCCCUUUGUUUCCCAGGACAGCCUCCAGUUCAGCGAGGACGAAACCCCUUACCCCCAGAGACCCUCCGAUAACGACUACUUGAGUUUGCUCUAUAACUCCUUCAGCUGCAACCUGUCUCUCGGUGAUAAAUCUAUCUCUGACAAACUGUCUGAGGAAGUGGACGAAAUCUGGAACGACCUGGAAAAUUACAUCAAGAAAAACGAAGUCAAAGCUAGAGACCGGCUCCUGGCCGCCUUUCCCGUUAGCCAAGAGGACGUGCCGGACAGGCUGCACUCGGAGAGUACCCCUGAGCUGGGGAGAGAGGCCGCGUGCUCCGCGUCUACCUUCUCGCUUCCUGAGGGCCACGCUUUCCUCACACCACUGAGAGACAAGCCUGGCAGAGCUGGCCGGACCAACUGCCCUUUUGAAGAGGACCUGAUUACUAAAGAAGGCUCCUUGAUGAGCCUUAACCGGCUGUCUCUGGCCAGUGAAACACCCACCCUGGAAAACCCUUACGACUUGGCCAACAGCAGUCUCUCCCAAACAGACUUGGAAAACCCUGCCCCUGGGAUGGAUGCCACAGAUAAGACGAAAAGCAGGGUUUUUCUGAUGGCCAGGCAGUAUAGUCAGAAGAUCAAGAAGGCAAAUCAGCUUUUAAAAGUGAGAAACCCAGAGCUGGAACAGCCACUGGCCAGCCAGCAGCCUAAAUCCUCGGACAAAGACCUGGCGGCCAUCUUGGAAGAAAAGAAGCAAGGGGGUCCCGCCAUCGGUGCCAGGAUUGCUGAGUAUUCCCAACUGUACGACCAGAUCGUAUUCAGAGAGACUCCCUCCAAGCCUCAGAAGGAUGUCUGGGCCAGCCCUCCAGAAACUCGCAGCCCCAGGUCCCCAUCACCUUCCCAGGCCCAACAGAGCAGCGAGGACUGGCUUUUGCAUUCCACCUACAGUAAUGGAGAAUUAGCGGAUUUCUGUCCCCGGCCGGAGCCCGACUUGAAGUCGAAACAUCCCACUCCGGAGACCAGUACCAAAAGCAUCCCGAGACAGCUGUCCACGGCUUGCUCUGUGCCUUCCCUUCCGUCCUCCGACCCUCUGCUGGGCUCCGCGCAGAGACACAGCGUGAUAGUCAGUCAGCCCAGCCAGGAGCUCUCUCUCCAGGGCUACCUGUACAACUCCUUGGGUCGGACAGGCCUCAGUGGUAGAUGUCAGCCUUAUAGCCGGUCCCAGUCCUCUUCCUCUAUCCUGAUAAACCAGUCAGUGGACUCCAUCAGCUACCCCGGCGAGGGCGGAAGGAAACAGCUGCUGUCUUUACGCAAAAGUCCGAGGUGUGAGAGUCACCAGGACGUGCGGCCCGGCCUGGCCGACUCCUGCCAGCAGGGCACUGAAAAACGCUCUGAUCUCACGCUCCGAGACUCCCAGAAGGUUCUGGUAGUAAAUAGAAGUUUACCCUUAAAUGCCCAAAGAGCGACACUGAACUAUUUCUCCAAUUUCAAAGAGACUGGAGGAGACGAAGACGACUACGUGGAAAUCAAGUCAGAAGAAGACGAGUCGGAGGCAGAGCUCUCCCAGGGCCAGAGGAAGAUGUCUGACCCACGGGUUGUGGAGGCUGGCUUGUCGGAGGGCGCCUGCAGCAACGACACCUCUUACUCCUUGAACAGUCCAUGCUCUCCAAAAAAGCCAGUAAGCGACAAGCUGGGGAUGUCCCCCUAUCUGGCAUCCUAUAGCGACCCGGACAAACUGAGUGACUAUCUCUGGAGGGGGCCGUCUCCCAACCAGCAAAACAUCGUCCAGUCGCUGAGGGAAAAAUUUCAGUGUCUCAGUUCAAGCAGCUUUGCCUGAGGCUCUUUGGAGAAGUCACCCAAGUCCGUGUCACAGGGGGGCUCAUGAAGGACAGAUCCCGGGAGGUGUUUUCUAUGCCCCAGAUUAAAACAAUUUUGUAAUACCCCAGGAGUGUCAACCAUGCUUUCUUCCAUGGCACAACUUUUAGAAACGGCUGCCAGGGCAGCCGGGGUUGUACUGUCCGACCAGUGUCAGCCUCUCACGGGGUGUCUUCCUGACGCUGACUGUAUUCAUGUUUCAUGUAAGUCAAUCUUACUUGAAAAUUUUUAGGUUUUUCUUUUUUUUUUUUUUUUUUAAACCUGGUGGCCAUGAUAGUUUCUCCUGUGUCCUGGCAAGAGUGCCCCGAGUCUAAGAAAGGCAGCACUUCUCUCCUCUCCAGAAGCCACGAGUAGUUGGAUUCUGAGACCCAAAGGCAGCCAGGAGGCCUUUCCACAUUGUUUGAAAGAGGAAGGGAAACUAAAGCUGCUCAACGGAUUAUGCCCAGCACACCUGCCAUUUGGGUUCCAUUCGGGACAAGACCCUAGAAUCACGUAAGCUAGAGAUCUCUCGUGGGAGCGUACAUGCACCCUGCCCGUCUCACUCUGCGUGGGUUGCUCCUACAUCUGUUCACUGUAUCGUAGAAAUCGGGUAGCCAUGGGACGUUAGGGGGAGCAAGACCGAUUCUCUAGAACCAAAGAUCCUUACCUGUAUUCCUGGACACAUUCCAGAGAAUGUACUGCUUGUUGUGUUUAGUUUUGAUGGCUGGAGUCAAAGGAACGAUCUCCUCCAGGGCUCAAAGGAAACUAUGACCAAGAAAAUGCAAAUGGACUUAACUGUUAGAAAGCAUGGGGACAGCUUGCUGAUGUCCUCCUGUGAAUGCAGAAGGCAGGGGUGGAAGUAGGGGCUCUCCGUGCAAUAUUUUUGUGUGUAUCUCUAAUCAACACAAAGUAAACUGUGAGCUAAACUAAAACGCUUUAGGGCCACCCUUUGCAGAGCAGUUUUUCAUGUGUACUUUCCUGAGUUCUGUACCUCAGACCAAUGACCUGAUCCCCAGCCUUGAGGAUUUCGUUGGCUGCAAUGAAAUUUAUUUGCUAAACUCAACAUAACAUGGGGGCCUUUUCUCAUUGUUUUGAGGCACAUAAAAGAAUUGGAUCUUUGGCUACUAAGCUCUGACUAAUAUUCUUUGAUGUUGUCAUUACGGUCUUCAAACAACAGUCCCUUGUGAUAAUCAGGGACCAAUCUAAGGAUUUAUGGGAGGGAACAGAAAAUUAAAAGCAAGGCCUUAUGAGUAAAAAGCAAAAAUCAAAGAAGCAAAAAGGAAAAGUGAAGGCCGAUCUGUUGCUAUUUCAUAAAAAUGUUCUGUUUUAUGGAAGACUCCAGUCAAUCCAACAAGGAUGUUUUCUCAAACAAGAAUGUUAUAUUCUCCUUUCAAGCAAUUUUACAUUCUAGAACCUCUUCCCCAGUGGGUUCAAUUUUCAUUGAUAUCAAGGGGAUCUGGGCUUUCUAUUUAAAGGGAAUCUCUGAUACUGAUUUCAAUCGGUGACCUCUAACCAUAAUUCUUUUCCUCUUCUUAAAGUCCUGCACCUCUGUUUCUUAACCAUGAAACGUCAGAUGUGACCAUCCUUAUUUUAUAAACAGGUACUUCUGGCACUCGUUUUUUCCUUUUAAAUAACAAAAAAGAACCCCAGUUUCUUGCUUAUCUAUACACUUCCUUCUUCUAGCAGCUUAUAAAACCAAGUCUGUGUUGAAUGGCAUGGUUCUAGAAACAUUCCUGCUUUCCCUGCCUUUCUUUAAACUCAAUACAAGUUUCCAAGAGUAAGAGUAUCAGAAAAGACAAGCCCCAUAGGGAAAGUAUGUUCUUAGACUUGCAAGAGGUCGUCACAGGUGGGUUUGCAAAACAAAGUUACCUGAUUUUUCUUGUCCUAAGAGUGGAGUUUCCUAUUUUUGCCUUUUAGUUUGUAUGAGCCCCAAUUCUAUAUUAUCCAUAUAUUACGGUGGUGUCCUACUCUCAGACAUUAUUAAUUCAUCAUACCAGUGACUCAUUACACGGCUUCGAUGUUACCUACAGGAGUAUUCUCUGCUGCACGAAGGUGGAUAUCUUGCUUUAUAAAAUGUCUGUGUAGUUGUCUUUAUGUUCUAGGCCAAGUCUUUAGCUUCAUAGACCACUUCUGUCAACCAGGAUGCAGAUUUUGAGAGCUGUGUGUAUAUGUAUAAUCAUGUUUGUGUUUUUCCUCAAAGUUACCAGUUAAAUGCUUCUGUUUCAGAUAGUUUCAUUUGGAGGUGGGGUAAAAUUGUAUAUAAUUGGGGGGGGGGAGUUAUAUGUACUUAAAAGUAUGACAAGUUCUUAUUAGGGCUCUGUACUGAAGGUUCAAUUUUUUUUUUUAAGUUCACUUUUCACCUACUCUUUGUGCAAAGAAAAAAAAUGCAUCUAGAAAAAGAUAGUUUAAAUAUUGUAUAUAAGAUAAUGAAAGUUAGUAAUGCUCAUUAUUUAAUAAAGUUUGUAAAGUACAAAGUCA